GUGGCGCCCUUUAAUUUUUAAUCUUCAUCAUGGAGACGGCAAUCAGUCGGGAAGAACAGCAGCGUUUUAGUUGCUGUUUGAUAAAAUUGCAAUCGCUAGUCCCAACCACAGAUGAAUCUUUUAAAAGUGAUGUUAACAGCACUCUGGAUACUCUCAACUCCAUCAAUUACUCACACUGUUCAAUUCCAGAUAAGGAUGUCAAUGAGACCUUAUGCAGAUUAUGUGUUCUAGUGCCACUUGGUCAAGAUCUUCUGGUUGCCAAGGCUUGCCAGCUCGUUGUCUUUGUGGCUCAUCUGAAGAAUACUUUGACACCGCACACUAUAGAAACUGUAGUAGAAUAUGUCAUAGAGGUGAUUCGUCGAAGUCCAGAGUGGAUGAAACAUGAUGUCCUAAGAGCUCUUGGUGCUUUGCUGUACGAAAAUGGUCCCACCUGCCUCAAGUUUAUUGAUGAACUCCUGUUUGACCAACCCAAGGGGUUGCUAAUCACAUUGCUGGAGUCUCCGGACACUGAGGUGAAAAGACUGGUAUUGCAUUGUAUUGGAAACCUAUGUAUGCAAGACUCUGAUAAUAAAGCAAUCGAUGAAUCUUACUUAAGAAAGUGUCUAAAUAUUCUUCUACAAGUUUUGAAGACACAAAAGGAACCCAAAACGGAUGAAUUAGAAUAUUGUAGGAUACUGUAUGGUGCUUUAAGAGGGAUUCAAGUUAUACUCACAUCUAACAAGAAGAUUCAACUAGAAAGAUUAGGAGAUAUUUUAGCUACUGCAAAGGUGUAUAUGUUAUUUGGUUUACCUGGAAUCAGUGGACCAGUUCCGUCAACGCUAUACCCGUCACCCUAUUUCCAAUCAGAACCAACCCCGCCAUCACCCUCGAGUAGUCAACAGAAAAAGGAAGAGGUGAAGGAUGAGGUCUGUUUACGACCUGGUGGUCGAGGAGGCGGAGGGUUGAGAAGCUCAGCUUUACAAUCUGGAAAAAAGACGAAAAAGAAAUCCCGUGCCAAACAGGAAAGUACGACUGCCAGUAGAGUGGAUGUUUCUCCUGGUACUAGUCGCCCGAGUGCUUCAAAUGACCACAUGUCUAGCAAAGAUGAACCUGACCAACUAGUUACUAAUGGAGCUUCUAGCCUGCAUCCAGGUUUUAUAAGCUCUUCCAUCAAUAGUGCAGUCUCCCUCAUGCCUCUCUGGAGUCGUGUGAGCAGUUCAGAGUCUGAGUACUCAGAUACAGAGGGAGGGCAAUCAUCAAGAUUAAGAUCCAUGAUGUCUAAAGUUCGGCAAACAUCACUAUUAUGUUUGCAUUCUGUAAUGAAAAAUACUGAGAAACGAAUUGUCUUUGGGUAUUGGUCAGCAUUCAUUCCAGACAGCCCUCCGAGGCCAGGAUCAUCCUCCCACACACUUUUCACCAGCAUCCUGAAGGAUUCAUCACCCAAGGCAAGAGUUGCUGGUGUAGUUGUUCUGUCUGCCAUGUUAGAAGGAUCAAGAAAUUUCUUAGCAGCUGCUGAUGACAGAGAAAUACGACAUGCAGCAUUCACGCCCUUUUCCAGAAUCCUGGCGAUGUCAAUCAAAGAAAUCCACCGUUCAUUGCUAUUAGCCCUCGUUGCGGAGACAUCUUCCAUGACUAUAACACAAAUAAUCAAAUGCCUGUCGAUCCUUGUUCAAAAUGUUCCAUAUAAGAAGUUAAAAGAGGGAUUACUAACCAGAAUAGUCAGGACUAUCCGUCCAUUUUUUAGUAACAAAGACAAUAACAUUCGAACAGCAUGCCUGACUUGUCUUGGGUCAAUCAUAGCUGCCGCUAACCCACCACUCCCGGAGGUCUCGCUACUCCUCCAAGCUAAAGAGAUGCCUACAUCCACUGGUUCCGGAACCAUUCCUAAUAUGGCAGCAGCAGCCGCAGUUAUUGCCCCAGAAUGUGACAACAUAGCCGUAAGCAACUCAGACGCAAGCCACACAGAAUCAUCAGGUUUUGUACAAGAGAGCCACCUUAAUGGAGGUCAGAGGCUAACCGUUCAGGAUUCAACAGUUAGCAGCCAAUCAGAAACAAGUGAUAGGUUGCCAUGGGUGAUCAGAUUUUGUCGCGGGAUUAUAAUCCCAAGUACCAAUUCAGAUUGCACAGGACUAAUAAACAGGCUUCAACUGACCCCAACAAGUGCCGCAGUAGGAGAGGUAUUACCAGUGAAGCUUGAGGCCUUGCAAGUAUUGGUCCAACUAGCUAAGAAUUAUUUCGCUGUUGUCCGACCUGUACUACAAUCAAUAUCGCACAUAAUUGUAAGCUGUAUAGAUGAUCCGGACCCAUCAAUGCAGCUUCAUGGUCUCAAGGUGUUAGAAGAAUUUGGCAAAGCUUUACUUUACCAGCUGAAUCCUGAUAGUAGUGUAGGAGGACGACUUCAAGCAAUUCACCCUCCCAUAAAUGUUGAUGAGGUUGUUACAUUGUGGUUAAGUUUGCUGAAUGGUCCAUUGCCUGUAAUUCUUCAGCACCCGCGUACACUCGUCCUCCAAGCGUUUGCAUGUGACUGCUUGUCAACCAUCGGGCCUUGUGCAUUCGAACUGCUUCCGUUGGACAAGAGGAUACUUUGUGUGACCUUGUUACUUGGCUUGUCUAAUGAUGAAGACCACCGCGUCAAAGCGUCAGCCAUCCGGGCCCUGGGGGUGUAUAUUCUCUACCCAUGCCUUCGAGAAGAUGUUAUGUUUGUAGCCGACUCGGCUAAUGCUGUCCUAAGUGCAUUGGAAGAUUCGUUCAUAAAUGUUAGAAUGAAAGCAGCCUGGUCGCUGGGUAACUUGAGUGAUGCACUUAUUAUCAAUAAGCAGAAUGAUGAUUCUGUAUUUAUAGAAGAAUUCUCAGACUUGCUGUUGCAAAGACUCUUUGAAGCAGCAAUCAAAGGCUCGACUGACCAUGAUAAAGUGAAGUCGAACUCUGUUCGAGGGCUCGGAAAUCUUAUACGCUUCAUAAACCGGCAAACACUAGCAAAAGGUAAUUUUCCCUCCUUGGUUGAUCGAACAAUGUAUGCACUAAUUAAAAACAUCAGAAGCGGUGCAAUGAAGGUUCGCUGGAAUGCCUGUUAUGCUAUAAGCAAUGCCUUCAAGAACUCCCACCUUGACAUUGGCUCUGCCUCUUGGACUAAUGAUUUGUACAAAGCUAUAUCAAACAUUAUACUGGAUUGUAAAAACUUUAAAGUACGAAUUAACGGCGCAUUAGCGUUGUGCUCACCGAUGACGAGACAUUGCUAUGGCAACCAGAAACAGUUUACUGACUUAGUGACAUGUGUAGUUGAAGGCCUUGAGAAGAGUGGCAAGGUGGAAGCAGCAUCUGAACUGAAGUACAGGGAGACAUUAACACAUCAG